CCUGGACCUGACUGUCUCAUUCUGGAAGCUUCCAGACAGCUGUUAGGAUGGCUUCAGAGGGAGCAUCUCCGUUGUCAGGACCGGAAAGGACCAUGAAAACUGGCACUUCUAUGGCCUCUUUCCCAGCUCUUCCCUUUCCCCCACCUGCUCCAGGCCCACCAGACCAGCAGCCCUGGGAGCCGUCCCCACAGCCCACCAUACCUUCAUCCUGCUCUCCAGGCAGCCCCUUGGUGCUGUCUGCUUUCCCCAACCCACUGCUGAUGACUGGGGAUGGGGUUCCUGGCCCCAGUGGGGCUGGGGCUGGAAAGGUCAUUGUCCAAGUCAAGGCAGAAGGGGGUCAAGAAGAGCCCCCUCAAACUCAGAACUUCAUCCUUACUCAGAAUGCUCUCAACUGGAUUGCCUCAGGUGCUCCAGCCUCUAAUGUGAAGACCAUUCUGCCUGCUCAGGCUGUUGGGGUGAACCAGGAAGGGCCCCCAGGACUUUCCUCUCAAGUUCUACAGCCAGCUGCUCAACUGGCCCCUAUUGUGCCCCUGGAGAAGACUUGGCCGGGGCCUCAUGGGGUUCCUGGGGAAGGAAGUCCUGUGGCUGCCCAAUCUAAAUCCUCACUGAAUGACCUCUCCUAUACCUCCAAGGGCGUUUAUGAGAACUUCCGAAGAUGGCAGUGCUACAAAGCUCUGGCCCGGAGGCACCUACCCCAAAGUCCUGAUGCAGAAGCUCUUUCCUGCUUUCUUAUCCCGGUGCUUCGUUCCCUGGCUCGACUGAAGCCUACUAUGACCCUGGAGGAGGGACUGCCGAGGGCCUUGCAGGAGUGGGAGCACACCAGCAACUUUGACCGGAUGAUCUUUUAUGAGAUGGCAGAAAAGUUCAUGGAGUUUGAAGCUGAGGAGGAGAUGCAGAUUCAGAAUACACAGCUGAUGAAUGAGUCCCAAUGCCUGCCUCCUGCAGCCCCCCUGAAACUCGACCCUCCAGCUCCCCCAUCCCCUGAGGUUUGCCAGCAACCAGUGUAUAUUCCAAAGAAGGCUGCUUCCAAGACACGGGCCCCCCGCCGUCGGCAGCGCAAGUCCCAGAGGACUCGAGUUCCUGAGGCACCAAAAGAGAUCCCACCAGAAGCUGUGCAAGAGUAUGCUAGCAUUCUGGAAGGGCUGUUGGAGAGCCAUGCAGUCACUAUGGAGCCAGACGGGAACCAGGAAGAACCGCAGCAGGAGGAAGACGGGAUGUAUCCAGAUCCAGGUCUCCUGAGCUACAUCGAUGAGCUGUGUUCUCAGGAGGGCUUUGUCUCCAAGGUGGAAGCUGUCAUUCACCCUCGAUUUUUAAAAGACCUGCUAUCCCCACAACAACACAGGGAUCCGCUGGCCUUAAGUGAGGAACUGGAGCAAGAAGAAGGGCUUACUCUCGCUCAGCUUGUACAGAAGCGACUCACGGCCCUAGAAGAGGAUGUGGAGGCACCUGCAAACUGCAGUGGAGUUCAAUCAGACUUAAGUCCUUCUAUUUCUGAUGAGGAUGAAGAUGGGGGUGGGCAACUUCGGCCCUCACCUGGGCCUCGGAUACCUGGGGGCAUCAUUUGCCCUGGAAAGGCUGCUUCUCCAGGAAAGCAGGCAAGAGAAAGGCAUGGUGGGUCAGAGCAAGCCCUCAGUGGCCCAAGGGGGUCACACAAGGAUGGGGACACUCUGCCAUCCCUCAGCAGCUGGAGCCUGCAGCUGGAUCUUAAGGUGCCACAGGGUACUCGGGAACCCUUGGGUGCAGAGAGCAGAGGAGGGUCUGAACAGGUUCCAAGCCCGAUCUCCCCACAUCAGGAUGGUAUUCUGGGAGGAACAAUGUCCCCUGAGCACUCCUUGGUGGCUGACAGGACUGCAGAGGCCCCACCCUUUUGCUGGCAGGAAGACCUCCAGCUGGAGGGAGCUCCUUGUUUGGAUGUUGGACUUGCAGAGCCAGCUCCUCUGCAGAGUCAGGAGUUAGAAAAUCAAAUCCUGGAACUUCAGACAGAACAGAUGGUGGCUUUUGGAGUGUUUCAAGGGAAGGAGCAUUUAGCAUUGUCCCAAGAAGGCUCCGCAGAAGCCAUGUGGGGAGAUGACAGCGGUCCUGUGAUGACUCAGAGUUAUGAUCAGGACCCUUCCCCUGGAUCAGCUGGAGACAGGGAUGAGGUCCCUCUCAGUCCAGGGCUUUGGCUGAGCAGUGAAAUGGAUGAGGUGGGCUUAGAUUUGCCCUUCCAAAUCGAGGUCAUAGAGAACUUCCAAGAUGGGGACUGUGUAACCGAGUACCAGGGAGGCUGUGAGGCACUGGGCUCCGGGAGCAACAUCUGUCCAUGCCUUGGAGAAGUCUCAUCCCCUGGGAAUGUGGGGAUCAGUGCACUUCCCUGUGGAGGCACCAAUGCCACAGCUACUUCAGAAGAAAGAAACUCCAGCAGCUUGCCACGACCUCUGGGGGCCAGCAGCCCUGAUUUGAGGCCCAAAGAAAAUAGCGAACACAACCCUGAAACUACUCAGGAUCCCAGUGAUCUCUGGACUGAAGGUUUCUCUCCAUUGCUGGAAAGCGGAAUUGAUGUUCCCACACUGGAGUCUUUCAAAGAAACCCUCCUGCCAGCAUAUCAAGGCAACACCUGUAUUCUGGAGGGCCAGGAUGCCAUCUCCUUCCCCGAUAAAGGGAGCGGAGGUCAGUCCAUUUCCCUUCUGUUGGCACCCACAGAGCACAUCAGCAUACUGUAUAUUGGAAAUGACCAUGACUUCGAACUAGGAGAGAUUCUCGAGGAUAACUGCCCAUCUAAUUUUAAUUCUUAUGAUCCUCAAGGAGAGGAUCUGUCCAAGCCAAAAGAUCUUACUCCUUUACCAAGAACCCCAAAAUCCACAUCUCCUCAGCAGGACCUUGGAAGCACUUCCCCUAGAUGGAGGACUAAGGAUGCCUUAGUUCUAAGAGAAACGCCUCCUGUGAGUGAAGAAACAUGCAGCUCAACAGAUGGGGCCAGCAAAAAGCAAGAGGAGGAAGAGGAUGAGGAAGAGGAUGAGGAAGACGAGGAGCUCUCUAACUUUGCCUACCUCUUGGCCUCCAAACUUAGCCUAUCACCCAGAGGGCUUCCCCUCAGCUCUCGCCCUACCUCAGGCCUGCCUGCUAUAGGUGGUCAGGGGGUCAAGACAGCACUUUACUCCCUUUCUGCUGAGGUAGGUCGACUUGGCCCUCCAUCACAUCCUGCUGCCAAAUCUGGGAAGCGAGUUCUUGCUGGAGGCCCACCAUCCACUAAAAAGAAGCCUCACUCAGGAGCGGUCCCUGAGGAGAAAUCCUCAGCUGGAGGAGUUGCUCGCCUGCCACAGCCUCGUAAAAGGCGGCGUGACAGUUUUGUCACAGGGAGAAGAAAGAAGCGACGUCGUAACCAGUAG